AUGAAGGUCGGACUCGGCCUAAAGCUACAAGAAGCCUGGAAGAGGAACUUCGAAACACGACCAUCCUUGUUGGCCCCUGCCAUCAAUGCUGCCACCGAAACCAAAACCCUCGACGAGGACGUUUCCGAUGAGGGUGAAGGUCCCUUCAAGCAGCUUGCGAAAGAGCCUCAACAGCCCAAAGAUACGGCCCUGCAUGUGAAUACCUCGCUCGGCUACCGUGACGAGUGCAUCACAGUAGACGCUCGUCCCAACAACAAGGGUGAGUAUGUCCUCGUCAAAGGCUCCGAAGCGUUCGACCCCAGACAAGAUCCAAAGAAGGCGAGGAAGCCCAGCUCGCUGCUCGACCCUUACUGUCUUGUGGUAACUCGGCGAUACAACGUUGCUGGAAUGCUGGAAGGUAUCGUCCUAGAAAUCCAAUCGCAAGAGGUCAUCCGCAUUAUUCGUGAGAUCGUCACGUACUACCCCGACAAUUCAUUCCGUAUGGGAGACACGAUCAAGUGCGAAGAUCCACCCAAGCUCAUCUACUACUAUCGACAUGAGCUCGCAUCCUAUGCGGCUCGUCUUGGCAACGACCGCGCAGCAACCCACAUCGGCUUUGUCCUCAACUUCCUGCAAUCACACAUCGGGCACGAGAUAGAAAACUAUGAAGCGUUCCUCGCCAUGGGUUUGGUGUCGUUUAAACAUAUGUGGAUGAUAUUCAAGCCUGGGUCUUUGGUCUACCAUCGAGAGACGGACCAACUCUACUUCCUCGAAAAAGGGACCUACACAGAGACAGAGUGUGGACCAGUCUACGCGCUCGAAUGUCACUACGUUGACUACGACGGAAACAAGGUGGGCAAGGUCAAGCGCACAUUGGUGAUCAAAGCCUUCUCCAACCAGCGCGAGCUUGACAUGAUACCAACAAUCCCUCUCGACAAGCACUUGGAGCCAGAAGCACUGAAAGAAAGACUAAAGACCCGGGCUAAACGCUUCCUGGCUCUCCGAGGCAUCCAUGCUCUGCACCAUUCAAAGAAAGGCCGAGUCAUGGUCGACGCCAAGACGUUCCUCCGCCGAGCUCUUCCCGGAGAUGAGGACCUGCCGAACUCCCACAAACGGGGCAUUGUGGUCUACGAGGACUCCAAGUGCUGCUGCAAGGUCUGCCUCAAGGAGACAGAUGAGAAGCCAGAAGACUACGACCAUGAACUGCGUGAGAUCACCCACGACGAGAUGCUUUUGUGCUCCUCUUCCGUGUUGGGCUUUGCGCUUGGAUCGCACAAGUGGAUCCAGAUGCAGAUCGAUGACUUGACCGAAAUCCAUUGGUCUACCGAUGCUAUCGAUCGACUCGUCCUCGACAAACGCCAAAAGAGGGUCUUGUCCAGCCUCAUCAGUUCUCCCGUCUUCACUGAAGGUGUCGAUGGUGAUGUGAUCGGGUGGAAAGGCAAAGGCUUAGUUAUGCUCCUCCACGGCGCACCUGGCACCGGCAAGACUCUGACGGCUGAGUCUGUUUGCGAGUCGCUGAAGCGUCCUCUCUACAUUGUCAGUGGAGGCGAGUUAGGUGUUACUCCUCAGCAAGUCGAGAAGUCAUUGGAGGAGAUUCUCGAGCUCUCAAAGCUCUGGAAGGCAGUCAUUCUUAUUGACGAGGCUGAUGUCUUCCUUGAGGCGCGUAGUGCGCAUGACAUCGUUCGAAAUAACUUUGUCUCUGUCUUCCUCCGCCGCCUCGAAUACUUCGAAGGCAUCCUCAUGCUCACCACCAACCGCGUCGAAGAAUUCGACGAAGCCUUCAUCUCCCGCAUCCACCUCGCGCUCAACUAUCCCGAGCUAGAGCCCUGGAUGCGAAAGGAGAUCUGGGUCAACGCUCUCAAACGAUUCCCCGCUGACCAGCUCGCGAUUGACACCGCUGCGGAUCUAGAAGAGAUCUCGAAGGUUCCCCUGAACGGACGUAUUAUCUCGUACGCAGUGCGAACUGCAAAGGCCAUUGCGGACGAGGACAAGACGAAGUUGGCUGUCAAUCAUCUGUGGGACGUUGUGAGCGUUCAGCAGAAGUUUAAUGAUCAUUUGAGGUCCAAGAGGAACACGGCCGUUUAG